AUGCGUGCUUGGCAAAAUGCACCUCACUAUGCACAAGCAUCACAACUUUAUCCGAUGAGAAGUACUUCAGAGCGUGAUAACGUUUAUUGGUAUAAACCUGGAUCUCUCGGUCGUACAUCUCAGAUAAGCAGUUCAAGUACAAGUGGUCAAGCCAUAGUUAUACCAGUUGUCCAUUUGGGAGCUUCAAGAGGUUCCGCUGCUUCAGUUUCAUCUACUUUGACUACUCAUUCUUCAGAAAUUUUAGACAGCACUUCGAAUGCUCCACAGACUGACAGUGGUGAGAGCACUAGAUCUCCAACAUUUAGAACUUCAUCCGUUCUUACUACUGGCAAUCGAUCCAUAAGUCGACCGGUACCACCUCUUCCAGAUCCUGAAGCUGAAGUAGAUGCCCUGACAAAUCUUUUGAUGCAAAGUAUGGAGACUCGAUCAUCUGCAAUGGGAACCAGUGGGACGUUACCUUCUAGCACCGAUGGAGCCAGUUCAUCGCCUGCUGGAAGCUUAAGACGUGGUAGUGGUAUGAAUUCUCAACUUGGACGUUUACAGCAGCACGCUGGUAUUGGCUCCAGCACAGGAGGGAAUAUAAAUGGUGGUCGAGGUAGUCCACUGACAACUGCCGUUACUUCUGCUUCAACUACUGGUAGCUCAUCAACAAAUUCACCAACUGAAUCAUCUUCAAGUAUGUGCAAUUCUGGGGAAACUGCUGGUGCUUCUGGAACAAUAACUAAUGUACCAUUAGGACAAAAUAUAUGCUUUCGAUGUCGCCGCCCACUUGUUCCUCCAGAGGGUAGUACACUUAGUGGUAGUUUAACUUCAACAAACAAUGUUGUAACCUUGACCGGUGCAUGGGUGUCAGACUUCAUGUAG